GUCGUUCAGAUUGCAUGUGAACACGCGAAUGACAUGACAGUAAAAGAAGAGGCUGCCAUAUUGCAGUGAUACAGCGAGUUUACCGGACUGAAUCUUGAACACAUAAAAAUGCUUUCUUCUCUUACGCUUCAAGACCCUGGGAAGAUGAGAGAUUACCAUUAUGCUGGUCCAGUAGAGCACCGGUUCUCACCAUACUCUUUCAACGGAGGAACCGUACUAGCUGUUGCUGGGGAAGACUUCGCCAUUGUAGCCUCAGACACCAGGCUGAGUGAAGGAUACUCAAUCCACAGCCGGGACUCACCAAAAUGCUACAAGCUGACAGACACAACCGUCAUUGGCUGCAGUGGUUUCCAUGGCGACUGCCUGACUCUGACUAAAAUCAUUGAUGCCAGACUAAAGAUGUACAAACAUUCGAACAAUAAGACAAUGACCAGUGGCGCCAUCGCAGCCAUGUUGUCCACCAUCCUGUACGGCAGGAGGUUCUUCCCCUACUACGUCUACAACAUCAUCGGAGGACUGGAUGAACAAGGUAAGGGAGCAGUGUACAGUUUUGAUCCGGUGGGCUCCUACCAGAGAGACACCUACAAGGCCGGAGGAUCAGCAAGUGCCAUGCUACAGCCACUUCUGGACAACCAGAUUGGUUUCAAGAACAUGGAGGGUGUGCAGCAAGUUCCUCUGACUAAGGAAAAGGCAGUUCAGCUGGUCAAAGAUGUUUUCAUUUCGGCCGCAGAGAGAGAUGUCUACACCGGAGAUGCCCUUCGAGUCUGCAUCAUCACUAAGGAAGGCAUCAAAGAAGAGACUGUUCCACUGAGGAAGGAUUGAGGAGGGAUAUGUUCCUCUUCCUCUGCUUUUCUCUUUGGUCUGUUCUUUCCACAUUCUCCUGUUGGUUUUUGGCCCCUUUACAACAAGUUUCUUAAAAUCGGAGUGUUGAUCCAGAAUUUGCUUCAAGUGGCCUCUUAGGUCGGGCUUAAUCUGGAGGAGAGGAUUUUCCAUUUUUUUAUAUCCACUCACAAUUUACAUUGUUCAAAAUGGACACUUUUCUCCUGCUUUCCACAGUUAUCCCCUUCAGUUUCUGUUAUCAUUACAUCAUUUGUAUUUGUUUUAGCUGAUUCUAGAUCAGCAUUCCUGUUCUGAGACUCAAGGAACUCUCCACUCGAUCCGUCUAGACUCUCCCUCUGUUUGGAUUCUGCAUUAUGUUUUGGAAGGAUACAUACUCUGCUGUUCUUUUUACAUUCUUAAUAAAUGUAAAGAAUUAAAAAAUA